GGGUGAUGAGAGGUGACAUAGGGGUGAUGAGAGGUGACAUAGGGGUGAUGAGAGGUGACAUAGGGGCGAUGAGAGGUGACAUAGGGGUGAUGAGAGGUGACAUAGGGGUGAUGAGAGGUGACAUAGGGGCGAUGAGAGGUGACAUAGGGGCGAUGAGAGGUGACAUAGGGGUGAUGAGAGGUGACAUAGGGGUGAUGAGAGGUGACAUAGGGGCGAUGAGAGGUGACAUAGAGUGAUGAGAGGUGACAUAGGGGUGAUGAGAGGUGACAUAGGGGCGAUGAGAGGUGACAUAGGGGUGAUGAGAGGUGACAUAGG